CAGGAGAUUUCGUAGCACCUCCUCCGCUCUCUCGGUUCCCUGGCAGCAGGGAAGAAUAUUAUUAAAAUCAUUUUCUUGCUGGAAUAGAAUCAGUCGAAUCGGUCUCCUGUGUGUAGCGCUCCUGGUCAACAAGGAACCUCCCCCACAUCAUGCGCAGCACGACCGCCGCGCGCGGGCUGACGGCCUUGGCUGUCGUGGCCACCAGUGGUUUGCGGCUCGCUGAUGCCGUCAGCGUAACCACGGCGAAAACCGGCUCGCAGCGGGUGCUGAAGAAGGAGUAUGAGACCCUUGUGGACCGUGCCAUCGAGGCUGCGCACGAGGCCACCAAAAUGGUGCAGGCGAAAGAACAGACGCAGGAGGAGGUGUACACGAUAUCCCACAGAGAGCAUCAGCAUCUAACUUCUUGAUAUUGCCAUCGUGCGAUGCAAGAAGAAUUGUCGUGCAAAAAGUAGAUCUGUCUUGUUGUAUGGCUCUAAGUAAAAAUCGGAUCUAUGUUCUGAUGGGACUUCUGGGGGUAGUUCAUUUUAGUUCCAGUUUCUCGGCUCGCAUUAUUGCACGACAAAUAAAUAUUGAUUCCACGCCGUUCUGGGUAGUAGUGUUCUUCUGUGUCAUAUACGAAGCAGCAAAUCAAGGCCGCCAUCGACCGCGCGCGGCAGCUGAAGAAGCAGGCCGAGGCGGCGUUUGCGCAGAUCGGCGAAAUGGAGUCCUCCAAGGAGGUUGCCGCUCUGCAGGUGGAGACCGGAGAGGACGCGCGCCCGGAAGUCGAUGCGCAAGCGGCAAGCAAACAUGUCCCGGCCGCCGCGAAAAAGACCUUGGCCUCCAGGACCGAGCAAGGCAGCAGCACGGGCAAGAAGAUCCAGAAUACCCUCGCGGCUAUGAAACAUGCGCUGAAAGGUAGCAGCUCCGAGGGCAAAACGAAACCGACGACGGCGAAAAUGGGUAGCAACGCCGCGCGUGAAAAGGUAGUUGAACCAGUCUAGGUGAGGAGUCAAUAUUUAAGAAUGUUAGAUUGCUCCGAGCAGCUCGGACGCGAAUGAAAUAACGGCGAACUGUUAUCUUUUUUUCAACGGAAAGUAGAAGCACUAGGUUUGAUAUGCGGGAAUGCAGAUUUAUUCGAUGCUUUAGGAAAUAAGCUUGAUUGAACUGGAAUACAAUUUAUGUUUUUUCACAUUGAUUUCCCGACCCCCUGCUCCAAAAAGAGUGAGAUCGCCUGGUUUUCAAACUUUAUCGUACAACCUAGACCUACUUUAUCACAGGUGCCCGUGGUGGUUAUGUCGAAGACUUCCCUCGCGCCGGGCGGCAGCAGGUCAUCUAACUCCGCGGAAGUUGGCGGCAAAAUGUCUACUGUCGCGGCCCCCAACCGCAGGGACAACUUGUUCAAUCUGAAACACCAGAACGAAAAGCGCGCAACUGCGGCUGUGCCUGUUCUUGGAAAAACCGCUGCAACCUUAUCUCCUACCUCGGGGGUCGUGAAUACGAGAAUUAUUGAGUGCACAAUUUCCCCUUGCUCCCCUCGACGUUUGUCAUAGUACAAAACAAAGGAGUUGUCCAAACAGCAAUUAGAAUCUCAUGUGAGUAAUAUGCUAUGCUGAAGCUGCUUUCCAUCCUCGCCAAGGCUUCUGUUGCUGUGGAUGCCAACAUCCAAAUUAUGGGGGGGGAGUAGGGGGAGUUGUGCAAGGUCAUAGUGAACAAGUAUCCGUCCGCCUCCCGCGGCUCGGCCCUGUGGGAGUUUUUCUUCGGCAGUAAAAGUGACCACAAGAGGACUGCUGGCCCUGACAACGCCGAAACGGUUGCAAACGCGGAGGUCAAUAACUACACUAGGGCUCCUAGCUAUGGGAGUGUCAGGAUCGAAAUCGACAAAAUCGAACUAAUUUGUGAUGCAUAAAAUCGAUACCACUUGGAGCCUCAGCUUCCAAGCGGCGCAUGACAAAUUUCGGGAGCACCAAAAUCCAGUCUGUCAUGCUGUUCGGGCAAAGAUAGAAGACUGCUCCUGUCGUGCUACUCUGGCAGCAAAUCGCCUUCCCCUAAACAGGCUUGCAAUCGGUCUCACUUGCCUGCUCCCCAACACAGGCCAUACGUGCCCUGGAUUCUAUGCAUUACAAAUUUUUCGACUUUGUCGAUUUCGAUCCUGACACUUCCAUACUACCGCUACCAGCAAGCCGACGAACCUGAACCUCGCUGACGUGCUAUCAAGUGGAAAUAGGUCGUCUGGGUCACUGGAAGACUGCAGAAGUUCGUCAUGCAUUUUUGGAUCACGCAGAUGUUUUGUAAUGCACAGGAGCGCACCCGCACUUAAAGCAUCUGAAAGUUUUGCUCGCGACGAGGUCUUUUGCUUCCUGCACCGCAUGAGAAAUGCGCUACUUGCGCAGCAAGAAGUGCGCAACUGCUGGCGCUCAUGCAACACAAUUUUGUCGUGUGUGGGGCCGGAGACUUUACAUUUCCCAAACUUGUACUUUGUAAACAUUUCAAGACCCCCUCCCAGAGAACCUAUUUGCACGGCAUACGUGUUGGCGCAGGACAACGUCCCGGGGAAGCAGGUGCUGGCCGUGAGCUACUCCCCCGGCUUGCUCAAUGUGAUCGCGGACCGCGUCUACACGGCGUUCUUCAACGAAAACAAAUCGGCGAGUGGAAACAACGCGAAGAGCCACUACCGUGGGGUAUCACAAUGAAAAACGCCCCCACCCCCGAUCUUGGGAGCAUUUGUAUUGCAAACCUUUCCAACAGAAACACUCGCCCUCUUGCAUCUAGCAGCAUCACAGAUUUCCAAUCGUGAAUAGCGAAGAUUUGUAUUGCAACAGAUCCCAGCAAGAGCGGCGCUCGUCAUGCAAGCAAUGCUAUUAUAUACGCCUAGACUCUACUGCAUCACACACAAGAAAGAUUCAUAUUCCUUUCAUGCAUGACAAAAAGUUUUCAUUUGGAAACUUCGCAUCGCAAAUUAUUGCAACUUUCUUUGGGGGUGGGGGCAUUUUUCACGGUAAUAGGGGGGAGCAGCUGCUGGUGCAACUGCCAACGGUAAUAUGCUGAACAAGGAGGUGAAAAUUUUGCACCAACAGGACACGGAGGGCACGAAGCGCGCGGUGGAGAUCGAGCAGAAGCACAAGAUUGACAUCUCCAUAUCCAAUAAAAAAACAUUGUCCUUGAUCUUGUUGUAACUUUGUGAAGAUGCGCAAGAACCACGUGCAAGAUGAUGGAUUGCUUCUGUCAUGCUGGUCAUGCACUGUGGGGUCCAUGACCAUAUCCAUUCUUCCAGCGCGUUUUCAUCAGUUUCACGUAAUUAUAUCUGCGCAUGCCACGACGUCUCUGCUGUCAUGCCUGACAGAUGUGUCAUUGUGCUGUUCCGCGAAAAAAAGUAUUACACCAUUACGAAUGUUUUUUUUCUAUGGAUACUCCAAUCGCUUUAUCGACUACGAAACCUCGGACGCCGCGGAUUUUUCUUCCCUGAAAGCGCGCCAGCACGUAUGGAUUGUAAAAAUGUCUGGGUCUGGAAGCUUGGAACUUGUCAUGCUAAGUCUGGAUAGUACAGAAAUUUGUGUUGCAUGAUUACUAAAAGGCGUCCACGUUUGAACAAGUGUAGCGGCAGUUUGUCAUGCGGGAUAGACAUGAUAGAGACUUCACAGAACCUGUCAUGCUAAGUCCUGCAUUGCAGACCUCUUGGGGCAUGCAAAAUAUGCAUGACAAAUUCGCAUUCUUCCAGACCCAGACAUUUUUACAUUCGAUAGCACGCGCUGGAUCGCAAGAGCGUGCAGUACCCGGACGACUUCGAAUUUGACCAAACGCAAGACUUAUCAAUCGCAAAUAUAUAAAAUAUGUUCAAUCGGGAUCAUCUGGGAGCUUCUUGCAACAUUUGAUGGCAUGCUUGAGCCGCGCAGAGCUUCCCCAUGCUUGACUGUGAAUUAUCUGUAACAGAGCGUUCAUCAUUCACAACCUAGCACAUAAAUACAAAUUUCCAGACCCAGAUCGAUAAUUUGCAAUGCAUAGGACCGCGCGGUGCACCUGGCGAAGGCCUUCGAGUUUCUGGAAAUAUCAAAUGCAAAAGUGUCUGGGUCUGGAAGAUUCUGAGAUUUGUCAUGCAGUUUUUCCAAGCUCAGCCAAGUCUCGAAUGCAGGGCCUAGUAUCACAGGUUCUGCAGCCCCUUGGUGAUGCCUAUUCUGCACGAGAAAUGCCCCGUCGUCAUGGCUAGAAAUGGGGACCAUUUGCAAGUCAUGCAACACAGAUUUUUGUAUGAUCCGCAACACGCAUCACAUUCUUCACAAGUUCGCAUCCUUCCAGACCCAGACAUUUUUACAUUUGAUAGGAAACCCUGGACAACGAAAUCGACGGGAAGCUGAGCAGCGAGGAGGUGAUAUGUCUUUCGAAAACAGCAUAAUGUUUUGCGCUGGAUUUUUAACAUCACAGGUGUGCCACUUGCUGCAUAGUCUUUCCAUACUUCUGGUUAUGAUACGCGAGAUGCAGCAGGCCCAGGUCCGAGGAAAUGCUGCUCUUGGUACGACCUAAGUAGUAUGCAUGUUUUUAUCGGAUCGGAAAUUCAUUUUUGGGCCGGUUUUAUUGGGUAAAAGAAUUUGCAUGCAUGCUCGCUAGAGUUGUAAUUCUAGUACCAAGUUGUAGAGUGAAAAAAUGUUAAGUGCGGUAGAAGCUGCUGCACCAGCAACGCAAAACACCAUUUUCCGCUUCCACACCCCGGGUAUCAAAUGUAAAAAUGUCUGGGUCUGGAAGGAUCCAAGGUUUGUCAUGCACAUUUUGCAUGACUCCUGAUGUCUGUGAUGCAUGCCCCAGCAUCACAGAUUUUGUGAGGGCUUUCAGAUGCCUAUACCGCAUGACAAAUGCCCUUUCCGUGUAGCAAAAGUUUGACUGUCUUUGCUGCUCAUGCAAUACAGAUUUUUUAGAAUCCAAAUGCAGCAUCACAAGUUCCAACUUUCCAGACUCAGACAUUUUUGCAAUCCAUACCGGGCCCCAGGAAUACAAUGAGCUGCGGAAUCUGCAGGACCACUCUAUGAACUUGCUGUUCCAGCAACACAAGUAGUUGGCCGGCAGGUGGACCACUCUAUGAACUUGUUGUUUUAACAGCAACACAAGUAAGCCGGACAAAAAAAAGGAAGUGUUAAGUAGCAUGUUUUUCUUUUUUUCCGACGAAUAUUUCGUAUCUGAAUCUGUGGUACGUCGAGAACCUAUCUCAAACACUUCUUUUCCAAAGAUUGUGGAUCUUGAGCAAGAUGAUGAAGAGCAAACAAGUGUUGAUAGUUGUGAAAAACAGGCUAUGUGUUUUCACCGUUGUUUCGGCGAAGAACGCGUCAUCUUGAUGCACGAAGAUAUUCUGUACUAGCGCAGUUUACAGGACGAGUUCACGGCACGACCGAAGGCCGCUCGGGGCGAUUUUGUUCCGACUUCACUCGUGGAAAGUAUGCUAAGAUUCUUGCCGCGGCUGCAGUCAUAUCAUCUCUUCCGACGUAAGUGAAUCUGGCUCAUCAUAGUGAUCGUUUUCAAUAAAUUCGCUGAC